AUGGCCCUGCCCCAGGGCCCAACGGAUGGCAGCACCCCUUCAGGGGACCCCAGCCCCUCUACAGGCACCCCAGGACCGAGCCAGGCCCCUGCCAGCCCAGUAGCCCGCAGACAGGCACUGCUCCGGGACCUGGAGGCUCAGGUGCAGGCGGCCUAUGGGCAGGGCUCUAGGGAGGCAGAUCUGACCUCACCCUGCCUGGCAGAGCUGCAGGUCGCCUUCCAGGAGUUUGAUCGAGACCGGGAUGGCUACAUCGGCUGCCGGGAGCUGGGUGCCUGCAUGCGGACGCUGGGCUACAUGCCCACGGAGAUGGAGCUCAUCGAGAUCUCCCAGCAGAUCAGUGGCGGGAAGGUGGACUUCGAAGACUUCGUGGAGCUGAUGGGUCCCAAGCUGCUGGCAGAGACGGCAGACAUGAUCGGGGUGCGGGAGCUGCGGGACGCCUUCCGGGAGUUUGACACCAACGGGGAUGGACGCAUCAGCAUCGGGGAGCUCAGGGCAGCCCUCAAGGCCCUGCUGGGGGAGCGGCUCAGCCAGCGGGAGGUGGACGAGAUCCUCCAGGACAUGGACCUCAACGGAGACGGCCUGGUUGACUUUGAAGAAUUUGUGCGGAUGAUGUCUCGCUGAGCCUGCAGAGCUGGAAGCACUAGCUAGGACUUGAGGACCAUGGCGCCUCUGCCUAUUCCUUGAAGUCCAUCCUGUCCAGUCCUCCCCU